AUGGAUGUGACCGGGCUGCUUGCUUCAACCUCGACUGGACGCUCGACAGUCGUAGAAAAAGAUGUUCCUCUUGUCGUCGAUGCAGGAUUACUCGCCGUAUUUGAUUCAAAUGACAUUGACGAAGACUCUAAUCCUGAGGAAUAUCUCCAAUCAACCGCACGAGACGGUGUCCAGGCUCUCAUAAACGCCCUCUUUACGCUCCCCAUCCAAAAGACAGAGGAUGGUCCACUCGCUCGUCUACCACCCAUCGAGAUGCUCCUUCCACGAGCAAAGCCACUUCCAAAGCCCAAACCAUUGACGAAAUGGGAGCAAUUUGCCAGGGCCAAAGGUAUACAGAAAAAAGUACGCGACAAACGCAUCUGGGAUGAGCAAAAGCAGGAAUGGGUCGCUAGAUGGGGUCGAAAUGGCAAAAACAAAGAGAUUGAAGAGCAAUGGAUCACUGAAGUCCCCGAUAAUGCCCCCGACGACUAUGAUCCUAUCAAAGAAGCGCGUGAUGUUCGCAAAGCCCGUGUUGCAAAGAACGAAAAGCAGCGGCAGGCAAACAUUGCUCGUGCUCAGGGCGGCCCAAGCAAGGACGAACGCAAGGCAGAGCUCAGAAACACAGCGCUGCAGACAAAGAUUAGCACUGCGAGUAUGGGCAAGUUUGACAAGAAGCUCGAGGGAGAUCCGAAAUUACGCGGUAUCAAACGAAAGUUUGAGCCCAACGAAGGAGACGUCCAAGCUGAAAAGUCCAACGCGCUGGCUCUGCUCGCAAAACUCGAACGCGCAGGUCCGACAUCAAAGAAAACCAAGACGGAUGGAGAGGGUGGAGAUGACGUACUGAAUGUCCGAAAAGCCGUCCGAUAUGCGACCAAGGGCAAGGGUGCCACCUCCCUCGCCGCAAAAGCAUCCAAAGGUGGCGGCAAAAAGGGCCGGGCAGCAGAGACCCGCAACCCAACAUUGAGGAAGAGUUUAGCUCGGGAGAUCUCGUUUGCAGGGGGUGUGGGCUGGUUCUUGGUGACAGAAUCGUCGAUACCAGAUCAGAAUACGUUUGCCAAUGAAGAAGGCGACGAUCCAUCCCGUGUCGGUGGUCCACAGAACCCCAUUUACGAAGGUCUCGACUCGCUAUCGACGUCCAUUUCGUUUCGCGAUGGCAACUCGGGCCACUCGCGCGAGCUCCAACGCGCUGCUGCCCGGCUCUCCAACGACAAGUCGCAGCGAUCCCUGACAGUCGUGUUUGAGCAGAUCCAGAGCAUGUGCGAUCAAUACUCACUCCCUCGUUCCGUCUCCGACACUGCCAAAAUGCUCUACCGCCGCACAGAAGAGGAAAAGCUUUUGCGUGGAAAGCAACCCGACGCUAUCGUCGCCGCAUGUCUCUUUAUCGCAUGCAGACAAGCUGCUGUGCCUCGCACGUUUAAGGAGAUUGUCGAGUUGACAAAUGUCCCUAAAAAGCAAAUUGGCCAGUGCUACAAGGCGCUCGAGCGGGCAUUCAACCUCGCGCCCGGUGCGACUGCGGCGAAUCCGAGUGGUCAUUCGAGUGGUGGUGCUGGAGAUGGCAAUGUUGGUACCUCUGGACCGAGUGGUGCGCAGAAAGGAGAUGCUCCAUUGCCUGGUGGCGCUGGUUCGACAAACUCGACGAGUCCAGAGGAUCUGAUGGCACGUUAUUGCAACUAUCUCGAUCUUCCGCCUGCACUACAGGCCUACUGUGCCGACGUGUCUGGACGGGCGAGGAGUAGGGAUAUCGCCAGCGGUCGAUCACCGGUAUCGAUUGCGAGCGGGAUCAUCUACUUUACGGCGAUGUUGUUCGGCUACUCUGUGUCGCUCAAAGAGAUUGGUGCGACGGCCGGUGUGAGCGAGGGUACCAUCAAGCUCGUCUACAGACUUUUGUGGGCGGACCGCGAGGCGCUGGUCAACGAAAAAUGGAUCGAAGAGGGAAAAGUCAAGUUGGACAACUUGCCUAGUGCAGAGACCAAGGGUGCCGUUGUGGACAAGGAGGGCAAGUCACCAAAGGACAAGUGA